GCAUUUUUUUCUCCCAUUUUUCUCCUGCUGCGACCGUAUUGCUGUAAAGUUUACAGUAGCAACAUUUGAAUGUUAGCAGCGGAGUUUUGAUUUCAUUCCUCUGCAGCAGCGAGCUAGCGGAGUUUUGGUACCUUUCAGCUUGUCGUCAUAGUAACAAAAAACGCGUGUUUGUUCAGGAGACGAUAAAGACUCAGUGGCCCGCAUGGAAAUACAGAGCUCAGCUUUCCAUCUGCUGUUGGUUUUGUGUUAGACCGGGGGGGGGGGGGGGGGUUGUGGUGCUGGUCGAUGUGAAGGUGGUUGUUGACUCGCUAUCACCAGCACGAGAGUUGCUCCCACGUUGCAUGCGGAGCAUGUGUCUUAGUCAUCUUAGUUUGUGUAGAGAGUUACAUUACGUAGUUUCAGGGUUGUAUUUUUCUUACUUCAAGAUGCGUCUGCAUGGUGGAAUUCGAAACCACCAAGUGCUUACAUUUUAGUGAAGGAAUUGUUCUUCAAGUACACAAUUUUUUUGGACGAGUUAGUGGAAACGUAGCCAAAUACCACAUUGAUUCCAAAGCAAAAUGCCUAUUAGGCGUUUUGGGGGUCACAGGUCUCUGGUCUCUCAAUCCCCAAGGCUGUCGUAUGGUUACAAGAAAAUGAAUGUUUCAAGAAGUGGCUACCGUGUUUUCUCUGCCAACUCCACCACCGCUUGCACCGAGUUGGCCAAGAAGAUCACAGAACGCCUGGGUGUGGAACUGGGCAAGUCGGUGGUUUAUCAAGAGUCAAAUACAGAGACUCGAGUGGAUGUAAAAGAGUCUGUACGUGGGCAAGAUAUCUUUAUCAUUCAGACCAUUCCUAGAGAUGUCAACACAGCCAUCAUGGAGCUUCUGGUUAUGGCUUAUGCCCUGAAGACGUCCUGUGCCAAGAACAUCAUCGGAGUCAUUCCCUACUUUCCUUACAGCAAGCAGUGCAAGAUGAGGAAGAGAGGAUCCAUUGUCUGCAAGCUGCUCACAUCCAUGUUAGCUAAAGCUGGGCUAACUCACAUCAUCACCAUGGACCUCCACCAGAAAGAAAUCCAGGGCUUCUUCAGUUUCCCCGUUGACAACCUCAGAGCUUCCCCCUUCCUCAUCCAGUACAUCCAGGAGGAGAUCCCAGACUACAGGAAUGCUAUAAUUGUUGCAAAAUCCCCUUCAGCUGCCAAGAGAGCUCAGUCCUACGCUGAGAGGCUGCGGCUCGGGCUGGCAGUGAUGCACGGAGAGGCCCAUCACUCAGAGUCAGACAUGGCCGACGGUCGAAACUCUCCCCCCUUGUUCCGCACCACCACAGGACACACCGGACUGGAGCUGCCAUUGAUGAUGGCGAAGGAGAAGCCACCUAUCACUGUUGUAGGAGAUGUAGGAGGAAGAAUCGCCAUCAUUAUUGAUGACAUUAUAGAUGAUGUGGAGGACUUUGUUGCAGCAGCAGAAAUCCUGAAGGAGAGGGGAGCCUACAAAAUCUACAUCAUGGCUACACAUGGCCUGCUGUCUGCAGAGGCACCGAGACUAUUAGAGGAGUCUGCGAUUGAUGAGGUGGUGGUGACCAACACUGUUCCUCAUGAGGUCCAGAAGCUGCAGUGUCCAAAAAUCAAAACUGUGGACGUCAGUAUGAUCCUGGCUGAGGCCAUUCGGCGCAUCCACAACGGAGAGUCCAUGGCCUAUCUGUUCCGCAACAUCGCUGUGGAUGACUGAGGCAACACACUCAUGCAUUUACAUUCCUGCACACACACAAACAAACACAUUACUAAGCACACACACACACUGAGGACCAAGAAUCCAGUUUACUGCAGUCCUGCUUGUUUUGUUGAUAAACACAUUGACAGAAACUGGCUCAACUUACUAUAUGUUACAUAUGAAGCAACUCACGCUCUACUUUAUUCCUCUGAAUAAGUCUAUAUAUAGUCAGACUGUACAAACAAUACAAACUGUUUCACUUCACUAAUACAUGCUUCCACCAUUUGGAGACAUGAAUAAAAAACACAAUGUAUCAUGCAGAUAGAAAUAAAAAGGCAAAUAAAACUA